UCCUUCACCAUGCUUCGAAAGACACUGGGAUCCUUUUUCGAAGACAUUGAAGACUAGAGAAAGUUCGACAAGAUCGAUCGAGGAAGAAAAAGCUCGAGGUAAAGAUUCUAGAAUAUGCGAUCAAUCAAACUUCAAGAAGGAUGAAUGCAAGCUCUUUCCCAGCGAAGAAGAUUUUCGUGCUUGUCCCCAGCUAGAGCGAUCCUUGACGCCCAUUUCGUGAGAAGGCAAGUGGUGGGCAAGAACUUAAGCUGCGACGACGAGCAUCCACCAGCAGCAGCAGCAGCAUCGCCCAGAUUAAGCGGCAAGAGUUUGCGCGAGCAGCUCAAGCAGGCGAUCGAUGGGCUCCUCCUCCGCGACUCUGGAAAGAACGCGAUUGAUGUGGGAAGAUUUGGGUCUCUCCUCCGGCGGUGCGCCAGCGCCAAGGCACUGGGAGAGGGUCGCCGGCUCCACGAACGGAUCGCGCUCGCCGGCUACGACCGCGAUACGUAUCUGGGAAACAACCUCGUCCAGAUGUACGGAAAGUGUGGGAGACUCGGCGACGCCAUCGCCGCGUUCGAGCGCAUCGAGACACCCAACAUCUACUCGCUCAACACGAUGAUCUCCGCAUUUGCCCAAAACGGGCAUUUGCAUCAUGCACGCACGCUGUUCAGCAAGAUGCCGCUUUGGGACGCCAUUUCCUGGACGGCAAUAUUGGUUGCUUGCGCGCAAAGCUGCAACCUUGACGAUGCAAGAUCGUUGUUUCGCCAAAUGCCAGUUCGAGACGUGGUCGCCUGGAACGCGAUGGUAGCAGCAUUUGCCCAGAAUGGGCUUAUGCAAGAGGCGCUGGAGCUGUUUCGAGAGAUGGAUUUCCAGGGAGUUGGGCCGGACAAGGUGUCAUAUCUGAGUGUGAUCCAAGCUCUAGAUGCGCCUGCGGGAAUUGCAGUAGCGAAGAUCAUCCACUCCACAAUCGUCGCUUCCGGGGAAGACUACAAGUCGGAUGUUGUCUUGGGGACCGCGCUGGUAGACAUGUAUGGGAAGUGUGGAAGUGCCCAAGAAGCGUUUCAAGUCUUCCAGGAGAUGCCCGAGAAGAAUGUAGUGACAUGGACGGCGAUGGUUGCUGCGUAUGCCCAGAACGGGCAUCUUGCAGAUGCUGAGGCCGUGUUCCAAGACAUGCCCGUGAAGAACACCGUGUCGUGGAAUGCGAUGAUCACGGCUUACGCACAGAACAGGCGCCUCUCCAAAGCCAGGGAGAUCUUCGAUGCCAUGAACACUCGGGAUCUCAACUCGUGGAACAUCAUGAUCGCGAUGUACGCUUCUUCGAGCUCUGGCGAGGGUGGCCAUGUCGAAUCGCUCAAACUCUUCAAGAGAAUGGUGGUGGAGGGCUUCCAUCCCGAUAAGUUCAGCUACGUGGGCGUGCUGGACGCCUGUGCGAGCAUUCCAUCGAUCGUGGAGGGACGGAUGAUCCACGCCGCGGUUGUGGAGGCCGGAUUGGAUCGGGACAUCGUUGUCGGGAACGCUCUCAUGAAUCUCUAUGCGAAGUGUGGGAACCUGGAGGAAUCGCGAGCGGUGUUCGAGCAAAUCCCGGCUCCAAACCACCUCGUCGCUUGGAACACGAUGAUGGCUUCGUACUCCAAAAACGGCUGCUUCUGGGAGGCGCUGGAGCUGUUCGUGGCGAUGAUCUUGCGAGGUGUUGAUCCGGACGAGAUCACGUUCGUGAGCGUCAUCUUCUCUUGCAGCCAUGGGGGGCGAUACGAAGAUGGCUGCUCCUUCUUCGUGUCCAUGCAGCUAGACUUCGGGAUCCAGCCGGUUCGUGACCAUUUUAUGUGCAUGAUCGAUCUGCUUGCUCGAGCUGGCCAGCUGAGAGACGCCGAGGAAUUGAUCCAAGGCAUGCCGGUAGAGGCUGAUGAUGUCGCAAUGAGAACGCUGCUGGGUGCUUACAAGACACAUGGAGAUAGCCACCGGGCCAAGGAGGGGCUUGAUCAAAUUGAUUUCACGGAACAACUAAACAGUCUUGUAGAGUGAAAUUCAAGCAUCCAUUUUCGUUCUAUCGAACCUUACAAAAGAAAAAGACAAAAAAUUGGCAUGUCUUGUGAAGCAAUUCCUUGCUUCAAUCACCACUGGGUUUGGUGCUGGCAUUUCCAGGAAUUCCCAAAUUUACUCUUUCAAGCAUUACCUUGUGUACCACAGACAUGGGUACUACAGACAUGGGACGCUGGAAUGAAGUAGAAGAUUGGGAAGAACAACAUAAAUAAUAAUUCUAUAUUAAUGUUUCUUAAUUACAAAAAGUACCAGUUGACCAAAGGAUUUGAACUCUUGGUACUUUAGAAAACGUAUCUUGUAUAUUUUGGUAUAAAACUAAAUUACAAUU